AUGGCUGUGUGCGAGGCCUACGGCUACAAAGUAGAUAGAUUAUUAGGAAGGGGCGCCUUCGGCAGCGUGUGUCGAGCGACAAAAGACCACAAGACCGUAGCAAUAAAACACAUCGCGAAGCGAUUCCGGAGCUGGACCGAGUGCCUCCAGCAGCGCGAGAUUUCAUCCCUCAAAAAGUGCCAGGAUCGAGGCGGCCACGCCAACCUCAUACGAGUCAUGGAGGUGAUCCACGCGAAGGCCGACGGGUCCGUCUUUAUUGUGAUGGAAUUUGUGGACGGCGGCAAUUUAUACGACGCCAUGAAGAAGGGGGACUACUUUAGUCGUGAAAAGGCGGCGGGCGUCGCGCGGGACGUCCUGCGAGGUUUAAGUCACAUGCACCGCCGCGGCUUCUUCCAUCGGGACAUCAAGCCGGAGAACGUCCUCGUCACCAAGGGGUUAUGCAAGAUCGCGGAUCUGGGCUGCGCGCGCGAGGUGCGGUCCGCGCCGCCCUACACGGACUACGUGUCGACGCGCUGGUACCGCGCGCCCGAGAACGCGCUGCGGUCGAAGGUCUACUCGAGUCCCGUCGACGUCUGGGCCUGUGGGUGUGUGUUGGGCGAGUUGUUGACGAAGGGGCGGCCCCUCUUCCCGGCUUCCUCUGAGGCUGAUUUAGUCCACAAAAUUUUUCAGGCGAGGGGCAACCCGUGGCAGGCGGGCUGGCAGGACGGUAUAAGAUUGGCCACUGGAUUAAGGUUGGAGCCGCCGGCGGAUAAGCGGAGGCGCCGCGCCUUUCCCCUGGAGCUGCGCGGCGCCGAUGUGAGCGGCACCGAUUUAUGUGAUGCGCUGCUCCGCCUCGACCCUGCGGCGCGGCCGUCGGCCCAGGCCGCGCUCGACCACGCGUUCCUAAGGAAUGCGCCGCGCGACGAGCCGCCCGCCACGGUCGCGGCGGCGGCGCCCGCCCCGACGACGACGACCACGACCGCCGCGCCGCCGGCGCGCGCGAAGGCCCUGCCGGACCCGAGCGCGCGCUUCUCGUACGGCGGCCUCUUCGACGACGCGGCGCCCCCGGCCGCCGCCGCGCCCGAGGCCGACAAGCCGCGGCGCUUCGAGCCGAGCGCCGCCUUCUCGUACGACUUCGGGCGCGUCGGCGACGGCGCGCCCCUCGACCUCGCGGCCGCGGACGCCGCCGUCGCCGCGAGCCCCGUGGCCGGCGCCUUCGCCGCCUUCGGCCUGCCGCCGCCGCGCGCCGACGCGAGCGACGGCGACGACGUCGCGCCGGUCUGCCAGCUGCCGUCGCCGCCGCCGGCCCUGCCGUCGCCCGUCGCCUUCGCCUCGCCGCGCGCGGGUCCCUCGUUCCUCGCCUCGACGGCGUCGACGACGGCGUCGACGUCGCCCGAGGUCCUCGCUUCGACGACCUCGAGCUCGCCCGAGGUCCCACGCAAGGACAGCCCGUCGGCGCUCGCCUCGACGGCGGCGAGCGACUCGCCCGAGGUCCUCGCGGCGGGCCGCGCGGCCGUCCCGACGCCUGUGUCGGUGCCGGCGCUCGCCGCGUCGCCGGCGUCCGACGGGGACGCCUCGGACUCGGACGCGUCGUCGUCGCCGGAGGCGUCGCCGCGCGGCCCGAUGCCGUCGCCGGACGACACGGCGGCGCGGGCCGCGCGCGUGCUCGGCUCGUCCAUCGACGACUCGUCGUCGUCGGACGGCGACGAGGCGCCGCGCGCGGCGGACGCGGCGGACGCGACGCCGAGCACGCGCGCCUCGCCGUCGACCUGCGAUAUUAGCCCGGCGACGCCCAUCUUUUCGCCGCCGGCCAUCCCGGCCAUCGACGCGACGCCGGCCCGUGCGUCGCCGCCGUCGCUGCUCGCGCGGGCGCGCGCCGCGGCGAGCCCGGCCGCCUGGCAAAACGACCAACGUGACGAGAACGACGACCCGACGCCCUGGACGGACGCCGAGGUCCGGCGCCUGAAGAUCGUCGUCGCCGACGCGUACAAGCGCGCGCGCGCCGGCGGCGCGACGGAGCGCGCCGACUGGUACGCCGCCGUCUGGCGGGACGUGCGCCGCGCGCUCGGGCACGCGCGACCCAUCCGCGAGUACCAGGCCAAAUACAAGCUGCUCAUCGCCGAGAAGAAGCGGCUGCGGGCCCUUCGGCCACCAACGUUCGUGGACCCCGUCGAGACGCGCGCGCCGGCGUUCGCUGCGCCGGACGACGGGACGCGGGUCGAGGAGUUUUAA